CCCGCCCAGGGGGCGUGGCUUGCUGGAGACUGCCGCUUGAAAAGGGGAGCCCUGGGCGGCUUGGAACAGCACAGAUCGGCUGGUUGGUGCUUCAGAGGCGCAGCAGAUUUUGCAAAGCUUGCUUUCUUUCUAAGCCAAAUUGGAGAAGGAGGAAACAUCGCCAGACAUGGCAUCCGAGGGUGAUAAACUUUACGGAGGAAGGCUGACGGGGAGUCUUGAUCCCAUCAUGGAGAAGCUCAACUCUUCGAUAGAGGUAGACCAUCGCUUGGCGGAAGUUGACGUCCGCUCAAGUAUAGCUUAUGCCAAGGCUCUGGAGAAAGCUGGGAUCUUAUCCAAAGCCGAAGUGGAGAAGAUCAUCAGUGGGCUUGAGAAGAUUUCUGAGGAGAUUUCCAAGGGCACUUUGGUGAUCACCAAAACUGAUGAGGACAUCCACACUACCAUUGAACGCAGGCUCAAGGAGCUGAUUGGUGAUGUGGCUGGGAAGCUUCACACUGGAAGAAGCAGAAACGAUCAAGUGGUGACCGACCUGAGGUUGUUGAUGAAGAGCUCUAUCACAGUGCUUUCCGGCCACCUGCAGCAGCUCAUCCGCACCCUGGUGGAGCGUGCUUCUGCUGAAAUUGAAGUGAUCCUUCCUGGUUACACCCACCUGCAGAGGGCUCAGCCAAUCAGAUGGAGCCAUCUCUUAUUAAGCCACGCCGUGGCUUUGACCAGGGAUUCCGAGCGUCUCUCGGAGGUGAAGAAGAGGAUCGAUGUCCUGCCUUUGGGAAGUGGUGCUCUGGCUGGCAACCCUCUUGGCCUGGACCGUGAACUUAUCCGUAAAGAACUCGAGAUGGCAUCCAUCAGCAUCAACAGCAUUGAUGCCGUGAGCGACCGUGACUUUGCGGUGGAGUUCCUUUCCACUUCUUCUCUGCUCAUGAUCCACCUGAGCAAAUUAGCCGAAGACCUGAUUCUCUUUGCCACAAAGGAGUUCGGAUUCAUCACUCUCUCCGAUGCAUUCUGCACCGGGAGCAGCCUGAUGCCUCAGAAGAAGAAUCCGGACAGCCUCGAACUGAUCCGUAGCAAGACUGGCCGUGUGAUCGGAAGGACUAUUGGACUUCUUGUGGUACUGAAAGGACUCCCCAGUGCCUACAACAAAGACCUGCAGGAAGAUAAGGAGGCUGUGAUCGAUGUGAUUGACACCCUGAGUGCCGUGCUUCAGGUCACCACUGGUGUGAUCUCUACUCUCCAGAUCAACAAGGAAACCAUGGAGAAAGCCCUCAGCCCUGAUAUGCUGGCUACGGAUCUUGCCAACCUCCUGGUUCGCAAGGGGAUGCCGUUCAGACAAGCCCACACUGCCGUCGGGAAAGCGGUCCACUUAGCUGAGACCAAAGGAGUGACUCUUAACCAUCUAUCCCCAGAGGACCUGAAGAGCAUCACCCCCAUGCUGGGAGGCGACAUCUCCCAGGUGUUCAACCAGCAGAGCAGCGUGGAGCAGUACACCUCCCCUGGCGGGACGGCCAAGAGCAGCGUGAGCACCCAGAUCGAGCAAUUGAAGGAGCUCCUGAAGAAGCAGAAGGAUUAAGCUUUUGAGUGUGGGGGAAGGAAACUGUCCCUUUGCUGCGGGUUGUGCUUAUCACGUUUAAUCCCGAGUUAAUAAACACAGUGGUGUAUUGGAUUUCACUGAGAAAA